AGAGUUUUGCGGUUUUUUCUUCUUUUUUUUUUUCUUUUUUCUUUUUCUUUAUAUUUUUUCUCCUAGUGAUUGGGCUAUUUCUAUUACUCUUUUUUUAAAUCCCUCCCCCCGCUCCCCCCAUUCACCCGGCGGUGCGUGUGGCAGCGGGGAGGAUGCGCGCCUCCCCCGAGCCGUUCCCCGGCAGCUCCCGCCGCGGCUGCGGGGCGCCGGGGGCCGCGGGGCCGGGGCCGCGCUGGGCCGCACCUGGUGGCACCGCCAUGCCCGGGCUGCGCCCCCUGAUCUCCCCCGCAGCUUCCCGCCGCCCUUCCGAGCCUGAGUCCCCCUUCGCUUGUGUCCAGCAUCGCGCACACACGCACACGCCGUCACGCACGGAGGCACUCACUCACUGACUCUGCCGAGCUGCCCAGGCUGCCGAACAGCACAGCGCAGCGUCGCGCAGCCCGCCUGGAGCCCCCUCCCUCCUUCCUCCCUCCCUCCUUCAACCCCUCCCUCCCUCUCUCCACCUCCUCCCUCGCUCCCGCCCGCCCGCCGCUGUGAAGGAUGCCCGGCUCAGCGAGUUGUACACCAUUUCGGCAGAGAUGUCUGAUCUUUCCAUCUGCAUACCUGGAGGUGCUUUAUUCCCUGAAUGGUCUUUUCAGUAAUCACUAAAGACUUCUUGGGACUGAACACUGAAACAGAUGAGUUAAAUCCUUCUGGAAUGUUCUUCAUCAGACGUAGACGUACUGGACUUCCUGGAUGUGCCUAAGGACACAAAGCAGGAUUCCUGCCAUCGUUUUGCAAACCCACAGGUUGCAGUAUUGAAUGACUAGCUAACUUCAGUUUCAGACUGAAGAAGUCCUGAAGAUUGAUGGAGGGCCAUGCUAUUCAAACAGCAGGCGUUGCUGAGACAGAAGCUCUUUGUGCUAGGCAGCCUUGCUAUUGGAAGUCUCCUAUAUCUAGUUGCCAGAGUUGGGAGUUUGGAUAGACUGCAGCCCCUCUGCCCCAUUGAUGGUCGUUUUGGACCCCGUGGUCAGGACGAAAUCCCAUUGCGAGCCCUGCAGUUCAAGCGAGGUCUGCUCCAUGAAUUUCGAAAGGGCAAUGCCACCAAGGAACAAAUUCAACUGCACAAUCUGGUUCAGCAGCUUCCCAAGGCCAUUAUCAUUGGGGUGCGGAAAGGAGGCACCCGAGCACUAUUGGAGAUGCUGAACCUUCACCCUGCAGUGGUCAAAGCUUCUCAAGAGAUUCACUUCUUUGACAAUGAUGAAAACUAUGCCAAGGGAAUUGAGUGGUACCGGAAAAAAAUGCCUUUUUCUUAUCCUCAUCAAAUAACAAUUGAGAAAAGCCCCGCGUAUUUUAUCACCGAGGAAGUACCUGAAAGGAUUUACAAAAUGAACUCAUCUAUCAAAUUAUUGAUCAUUGUCAGGGAACCUACCACAAGAGCUAUUUCUGAUUACACUCAGGUGCUGGAAGGCAAGGAAAGAAAGAACAAAACUUAUUAUAAAUUUGAGAAGCUGGCAAUUGAUCCUAAUACCUGCGAAGUGAACACUAAGUACAAGGCAGUGAGAACCAGCAUCUACACGAAACAUCUGGAGAGGUGGUUAAAAUACUUCCCAAUCGAGCAGUUUCAUAUUGUGGAUGGAGACCGGCUCAUAACAGAACCACUGCCAGAACUCCAGCUGGUUGAGAAGUUCCUAAAUCUUCCUCCGAGGAUAAGUCAAUACAAUUUAUACUUCAAUGCCACCAGAGGGUUUUACUGCUUGCGAUUUAACAUUGUCUUUAACAAGUGCCUGGCAGGUAGCAAGGGACGCAUCCAUCCAGAAGUGGACACCUCUGUCAUUACCAAAUUGCGCAAGUUCUUCCAUCCUUUUAAUCAAAAAUUUUACCAGAUCACGGGGAGGACAUUUAACUGGCCCUAAACUAAACUUCAUACAACACUUUCUGUUGCACCUGAGGCAUGCAAUAGGAUGUCUCUGCUGAAAUAUGCACUUUUCAUAGAUAUGAUUAGCAAAGUAACUUUUUUCAUGCAUACGUGUACAUAAUGCAGUGUGUGACCAAAUAUAUGGUGGGAUCGAAUUUUUCUACAGAGUAGUAACUAACAUAAAUUUACUGUCAAUAUAGUUGCAUCUUUUAAGAUAUAAUAAUAAAGGGAAAGGAAGUAUUUAGGGAAACAAAGUCAGACACUGUUAAAGGGUCAGUGUUCCUCUUGCUUAGUGGUGUGUAUGCGACAUACUUAUUGAUCUAAGCAGAACAUUAGUUUAUGCCAUAAAAAUUCAUGUCAAAAGUUUGUAAAGCUGUGGGAAAGCAUAAUCUUGAGGCUAUAUUUGGUAUAUGUAUUGCUAAAGGAAUACUGGCACUUUAAGCACAGUGCUGAAUUUUUACAAUGAGAGUGAAUAGUACUAUUUUCUUAUUAUUUUAAAUGACUAUCUUAUCUCAUACAAACUACAUUGUUUUAGAGUUCCUGUGGUGAGUUUGCACUAUUGUUUUAUUGUAUGGACCAUAGUGUCACUUGUAGCAUGUCAAUCAUGUGUCAAGAAAAGGUCAAAUAAUUUUUUCUUCUAUACUUGUGUGUCGACAAAGCUAAACAUGUGUACAUAGUGUACAAUGUUUGUAAAUACUGGUUUCACACUAAGUAAUUCUAUUUUGUAAGCUGAAUAUGGCUAUUUAAUUUAUUGUGAAAAUUAAAUUUAUUGUGGUAUUUAAAAAUGGAAUGGAUUAAAAUUACCUAUAUGUGCAA